AUGGGUUACUCCGAUCUAGACUGGAAGGCCAUUAACACCAUCCGACUGCUUGCGGUCGAUGCCACCCUCAAGGCCAACAGUGGACACCCAGGUGCCCCCAUGGGCAUGGCACCCGUUGCCCACGUCCUAUUCAACAAGUUCAUGACGUUCAAUCCCAAGAACCCUGACUUUCUCAACCGCGACCGCUUUGUUCUCUCGAACGGUCACGGAUGUAUGUUGCAGUACGCUCUCCUUCACCUCUUUGGCUACGCUGUCACCUUGGACGACUUGAAAAACUUCCGACAAGUCGACAGCAUCACUCCUGGCCAUCCCGAAGCUCACGACACUCCUGGUAUCGAGGUCACCACUGGCCCUCUCGGACAAGGCUUCGCCAACGCAGUUGGUCUUGCGAUUGGCCAGGCUCAUACCGGUGGUGUUUUCAACAAACCAGGUUAUGAACUCUCCAAUAACCACACCUACGUCUUUUUUGGUGAUGGCUGUGCCAUGGAGGGUGUCGCUAGCGAGGCCGCUUCUACAGCUGGCCAUCUUCAAUUAGGCAACCUGAUUGCCAUCUACGAUGACAACCAUAUUUCCAUCGAUGGUGAUACCAAGGUUGCAUUCACCGAGGAUGUGUCGAAGCGUUUCGAGGCUUAUGGCUGGCAUGUCCAGCAUGUCGCGGACGGUGAUCACGACCUCGAAGGCAUCGAAGCUGCUAUCCAAAAGGCCAAGGAUGUCAAGGACAAACCCUCCAUGAUUAAGCUGACCACCACCAUUGGAUUCGGUUCCAAGCUUCAGGGAACGGGUGGCGUGCACGGCAACCCCCUCAAGGCCGAUGAUGCCAAACAGGUCAAGCAGAAAUUCGGCUUCAAUCCUGAGGAGUCGUUUGUUGUCCCGCAAGAGGUCUAUGACCUUUACAACAAGCAUGCCGCCGAAGGUGCCGCCGCUGAGCAAGCAUGGAAUGACCUCUUCAAGAAAUACCAGAGUGAACACAAGGAGCUAGGUGCGGACCUCGCCCGGCGCCUGGCCAAGAAGCUGCCUGAAGGAUGGGCAAAGAAGUUGCCAGUCUACAAGCCUACUGAUGCCGCCGUGGCCUCCCGCAAGCUCUCCGAGAAGGUCCUGGAGGACAUUCACGAAGUCCUACCCGAGCUGUUGUCGGGAUCUGCUGAUUUGACAGGCAGUAACAACACCCGAUGGAAGAAUGCCGUCGACUUCCAACCCCCAUCUCUCGGUAUUGGAGAUUGGACUGGCCGUUAUCUUAGAUACGGUGUUCGUGAGCAUGCCAUGGGUGCCAUCAUGAAUGGUCUCUCUGCCUACGGCACGGUCAUUCCCGCCGGUGGCACAUUCUUGAACUUUGUCUCAUAUGCAGCUGGUGCUGUUCGCCUGUCUGCUCUGUCGCAUCAACGUGUCAUCUGGGUCGCCACCCACGACUCUAUUGGUCUGGGUGAGGAUGGCCCAACUCACCAACCGAUCGAAACUUUGGCACACUUCCGAGCCCUGCCUAACAUCCAGGUGUGGAGACCUGCCGACGGUAACGAGACAUCUGCCGCUUACUACAGCGCCCUAACUUCCACUGGUACUCCCUCCCUUCUGGCCUUGACUCGACAAAAUUUGCCACAGCUCGAGAAUUCCACGAUAGAACACGCUAUCAAGGGCGGAUACGUUGCCGUGGAAGCAGAAAAUGCCGAUCUUACCAUCGUAUCAACUGGUUCUGAAGUGGCUAUUGCGAUCGAGGCCAUCAAGGUUCUAAAGGAUCAGCACAACCUCACUGCUCGUGUCGUGUCAUUGCCAUGUUGGGAAGUGUUUGAUGCUCAACCCAAGGAGUAUCAACUCAGUGUCCUGCCCGAUGGGAUCCCAUCUCUCUCUGUUGAGGUCAUGUCGACGCUCGGAUGGGAGAAAUAUUCGCAUGAGCAAUUUGGUUUGAACCGAUUCGGCGCGUCUGGCCCCUACCUAGAGGUUUACAAGAAAUUCGAGUUCACACCUGAGGGCAUCGCUAAGCGUGGUAAAUUGACCGUCGACUUCUACAAGGGACUCAAGCCUCGGUCGCCUGUCAACCGUGCUUUCCAGCAACUCAUUUAA